AAUGGGACAUUGUGGAGACACGGGAUGGGGGGUACCAAUGAAUGGGGCACCAAUGGGGCCCUAUAGCCGCGGUCCCGCGUGGGCGCUGCGGAGCCGCGGGAGGAGCCCACGUGCGCGCACACGCGGGAUCGAGGGGCUCAGCUCAUUACGGUGAUUAGCGCUAAUUAUAGCGCCGCCCGGUGGGGGGGGGGGGAGGAGAAGGGGCCGCGCAGCGCGGUGACACCGCGACCCCCCCCAUAGAAACAAACCCCACAACCCGAACUACCCCAAAUCACCGCGUCCGCUCCGCGCGUGGGGCGCCCACGAGUGUCCGCAACCCCUCCCAUCCCUGCCCAUCCAACUCCCCCCCCGCCCCGUCCCACUCCGUCCCGUCCGAAUCCGGCCCCGUUCCGGGGCGGAGCCGCUGCGGGAGCGCUCGGGGCGCGGCGCUCGGCGGUACGGGGAGCGCGUUGCGGUGCCACCUCUGGGGCCGCCCCGGCGAUGCCGCCCCGCGUUGCGGGCUCCCCCCCUCUCCCCCUCCUCGUCCUCGUGGGUCCCGCAGCGCUAGCGCUGUCCUUCCCGCGGGACCUCGAGCCACGCAGCGCCGUGGGGCUGCCAGCCACCGCCUCCUAUCCGCGCUUCGGGGGUCUCCGCGGGGACAACGGCAGCGCCGAGUUCGGCAUCGGCUUCCAGCGGAUGCUGCGCCUCAACGGGACGCUGCUGGUGGCCGCGCGGGAUCACCUCUACGCCUUCGCUUUGGGGGGGGACCCACGGGCGCUGUACCCACAACGGAGUGUCAGCUGGGAACCUCGGGACAGAGCCGGCUGUGCUGUGCGGGGAGAGGUGCAGGAUGGCUGCCACAACCACAUCCGUGUGCUGCUGCCCCGCGAUGCCCGGACCCUCUUCGUCUGUGGGACCAACGCCUUCAGCCCCGUGUGCCGCACCUACCAGGCGCUGACCCUACAGCAGGAGGGUGAGGAGCUGCCCGGACAGGCGCGCUGCCCCUUUGAUGCACGGCAGAGCAUUGCAGCCACAUUCGCUGAUGACCGUCUGUAUUCUGCCACCGUUGCCGACUUCCAGGCCAGCGAUGCCGUCAUCUACCGCAGUGUGCGCGGUCCGGCCCUGCGCAGCAUCAAGUACAGCUCCCGCUGGCUGCGGGAGCCGCACUUCAUCCACGCAAUGCCCCACGGAGCACACGUCUACUUCUUCUUCCGGGAGAUGGCAGCGGAGCUGGGGCUGCCGGGGAAGUUUCCAGUGUCCCGCGUGGGCCGCGUGUGCCGUAAUGACGCCGGGGGGUCCCCGCGGGUCCUGGAGCGGCGCUGGACGUCGUUCCUAAAGAAGAGGCUGCAGUGCGCUGUGCCUGGGGACGUCCCCUUCCACUUCGAUGUCCUGGAGGCCGUCACUGCGCCCCACACUCUGCACGGGCAGCCCGCGGUGCUGGCGGUGUUUGGGACACAGCGCAACAGCAUCCCAGGCUCCGCCAUCUGCGCCUUCUACCUGGCAGAUGUGGAACGUGCCUUUGAGGGACCCUUUGCUGACCCCCGCGGUGCCACAGCCCCGUGGCCCCCAGUACCCGAGGAGCGCGUGCCCCAACCCAGACCCGGUUGCUGUGCGGGGAUGGGGUCAGCCGCUGCCAUUGUCAGCUCUGGGGACAUCCCCGACGAGACGCUGUCCUUUGCCAAGGAGCACCCACUGCUGCACGGGGUGGUGGCACCCGCCGGGGGUCGGCCGCUCUUCACCCAAACCGGCACCAGGCUGACGCAGCUGGCGGUGGAUGCGGGCGCGGGGCCAUGGGGGAACCACACGGUGCUGUUUGUGGGGUCGGAGGACGGGAGGGUGCUGAAGGUGCUGACGGCCACGAGACGCCCGGGGGACAGCAGGCAGCACGGUGACACUGCGGGGCAUGGGGACGACAACAGCGGGGAUGGAGGCACUGAGGCGGUGCUUCUGGAGGAGAUCAGGCUGUACGAGGCAGGGAGGUGCCGGGGGCCCCGCGGUGCCAGCCGGGUGUUGGGGUUGGAGCUGCACCCCGAAGGCCAGGAGCUCUUCGUCGCCUUCUCGGGGUGCAUCAUGCGACUGCCCCUGAGCCGCUGCGCCCAGCACGGGCAGUGCCGCCGGAGCUGCCUGGCAGCGCGGGAUCCCUACUGCGUCUGGCUGCCCCCUGGGGGUUGCGUCCCCUUCUCUGAGGACCUCCCGGAUGGCUUCGAGCAGGAUGUGGAGGGGUCCAGCAGGCUGACAGGGACCUGUGCAGGUGCAGCAUCUGCAGGGGAUGGGGACAAUGGGGACGUGGCCCACGGGGUCCGCGGAGCAGUGCCGGAUGCGAUGGUGCCGGUACCGGUGUUGGUGGGCUGUGUGCUGGGCGCCUUUGUACUGGGAGCACUGGUGGCAGGACUGGGAGCCGCCUGCACCCGCCGACCAGCAGCACCCAAAGGUGCCCCUGAGCCCCCCAGCCCGCGCCCCCCGCCCGCCCCACGCCUUUACCCCCAGCUGCCCCCCCACAACGGGACCUGGGACCCACCCCCAGAGCCACUCAGCCCAGAGCCCAGCCCGGAGCCCCCCACCAGGACACCCCACAGUCUCAGCACCCCACAGCCCCCUGGCCCAGGACCCCCACUCAGAGCCACCCUGGAGUGCUCAGGAGCUGCAGGGUGGUCUCUGCCCCCCCCUGCCCCCAUGGCCAACCGGGUGCAGCCAGGUUCUGCCCCAUUGGCCCCAUGGGACAGAGACCCCCGGCGCCUCGAUGUGCCCCCCGACAGCCCCCCCCCACCCCGCAGACCACUGGCACAGACAUACUCCUUGGGGGGGGCAGUGAGACCACCUGGCACAGCACGCAGCCUCACCCGCAUGUACUCACUGGGGGCACCAGGGGGGGCACCACCGUGGGGUCCCCACCACAUUCCCCUACAGCGCUCAUUCUCCAUGAAGCCCCCCCUGUCCACAAAGCCCCCCCUGCCACCCAAACCCCCCCCAGUGCCCUGAGUCCCCGCAGGGUCCCCUGUGCUGCAGGGUCACAGGGCAGUGUCCCCUCUCCCACCACCCCCAGGUGACAAAUGUCCCUAUAGGCCCCCCCCAUCCCCCCCUCUGAUGGGGUCCCUCAUGUUCCCACCUCCCCAUCUUCCAUUUUUUCUCUCCUAAUUUAUUCAGCACUGUGGGGGCAAUGGGACCACCCCGGCGGGGGGCAGGAUGGGGGAUCUGGGGGGG